ACGAGGGAUUUUUUAUGGAGGAAAAAGGUUAAGUUAAAUGAGAAAGAUAUACGAGGGCGGUUGGCGAUGUGCCAAUUGGACGCGGAUUCUUCGCGGCCGCCACUUUGAUUUUAAUUUUGAUCGCUAACGUAGGAUUCCAUUCCCACGCUUUUAAUUGUUCUAUAGCUGGUUGCCGCGGCCGCCGCUGACGAGCCAUGGAGAAGAAGACCCUGAUGGCCAUGGGCUGCUCGCCGAGGACGAGGCCCCUCGGCAGCCGCCCGUGGCGGUGGGCCAAGACCCUCUUCUUCCUCGCCUCCAUGCUCGCCUCCCUCCUGCUCGACUGCGCCCCACCCCUGCUCGUCGUCGUCCUCGACUCGCUCUUCCCCGCUGCUGUCGUCUCCGCUGCCGCCGCUGACUCCCCGCUCUCCGCCGUUUCCAUGUCCCGACAGCUCAGAAGCUUCAGCUUCCGCUCCUCGCUGGUCGACCUCCCCAUCGUCUCCGCCCUCCGGUCACUCUUAAUCCUCUGUGCUUUUCUCUCUUGCGGCGGGAGUCGGGGGGUGUACCUCUGCGUUGCCUCCGCCUGUAGCUCUGCCUCCGUCGUCUACGUCCUGCUCAAGGUCUCCAGCAUGGCGUCGGCGGCCGCGGAUAGUUCGCUUCCAGGAGUGGAGCCGCGGCGAGUCCUCGCUCUGGCCGCCGGCGACGAUGCGGCUGCCGUGGAGAUGCUGUUCUUGGCCUCGGUGGCGAUGGCCAUCGCGCACGUGGUGGCGGCGUACCGGACGAGCUGCAGGGAGCGGCGCAAGAUGCUCGUUUACAGGAUCGACGUCGAAGCGGUAAAAGUAAAAGGAGGACUAAUCAAAGGGGACAUCAAACUAUGAGGGAGUUGUAGUUGAUGGAAUACAACACACACUACAAUUUUCUGUUGCCAAUUGAAGGUUUUACCUUUCACAAAGUGAUCAAUUUGUUGAGCAAACAACAAAAAUAUGAUCAAUGUUUUUGGAUAGUUUUACUUUGUGUAGUUAUGUGAAAUAUUGUACACUUUUUAUGUGCCUGAUUUGAGAGCUGUGUUUAAGCUCUCCAGCCCAUAAGCAAUGUAUAUAUCUUCCCCUUUAUUUCA